AUGGCGAAAGGAAAGAGUGUCAACCCAGCGGAUGCCUUUCGCAAGGCGCAACGCAAGAAAGAGUUAAAGAAGAACAAAGAGCAGAGACAGAAGAACCGUGACUUUGCCCUAGUGAAGAAGGAUACUUCUGAACUGGAAGAUGAGCUUGCGAAGCUAGAAGAGAAAUCUGACCAGACGAAGGAAGACAAGGAGCGGAUAAAGCAAUUAAAAACCGAGCUGGAAACCAUCCAGAAGAAGAAGGAAGAGUAUGUAGCGGAGCACCCAGAGCACCGACACUUGGUCUUCAAGCGCCGCAAAGCGAAGGAGGGAGAAGAGGAACCUGAGAAGCCCAAGGGGCCUCAGACGCGGAACGUCUUCGACAAGCAUGGGAUUCCUAGGCAUCCCGAACGGAGUAUCUACUAUGACCCGGUCUAUAAUCCGUACGGUGUGCCUCCUCCCGGGAUGCCCUACAUGGAACGACCAUUAAGGCCGGAUGAGGUCGCGAGCGACCAGGAAGAAGGUCUGUACAUGCAGUGCCCCUUGCCUGAGUCCGACGAUGAUAUUGUCAUGCCCGAGGGCCCUCCUCCUGGGGGUAAUGAAAGUAAUGUAGAUAGUGAUGACGAUAUUCCAAUGCCUGAGGGACCUCCCCCACCCAAGCCUGGACAAGACCCCCCUCUGCCGCCUGGACCUCCGCCUAUGCCGAAUCAGAUCCCUCCCUUUCCACCCCACAAUACUGGUCCUUUCGCGCCUCCUCCCCCACCGCCAGGUAUACCAAUACCUCCGCCAGGAUUCCAAGGGCAGGUACCACCGCCACCACCUCCUGCGGGGUUCCCACUACCACCGCCUCCCGCAGGGUUCCCGCCAAUGUCGUAUCCGCCGCCACCCCCUGCAGGGUUCCCCUUCCCGUCAGGUCCACCCAUGUCCCCUCCGCCCCCGGGAUUCUUCCCUCGCCAGCAGUCGAAAGGGUCUAUGCAAGACCCCUUAUCAUCAAUUCCCCACCAGACCUUCCAAGCGCAUCGUGCUACCGUGGCUUCUGCCCCACCCCCACCUGCGGCAGGGCUUCCGCCGAAACCCAACGCGGGCGUUAGUCAAGAGGUGACUGCCGCAGCUACGAUAACUGCUGCGCCCGAGCUGCGCGAUUUCAAGAAGGAAAGCACGGCGUUCGUCCCUACCGCGCUGAAGCGGAAGAAGGUGGGCGCUGGUACUAGCACGGCUACUGCAGGGAAGAUCAACGCAGCCCCGUCCGUGUCUGGAGGUGAGGCAGAGGCCGGUCCGGCGAGGCCUGAUUUGAUGACUGCAUUGAGGGGGACACUUGGGGAGGUGAAGUCCGGUGACAAACACGAAACGGGUAGUACAGGUAAGGGCACCGGGAAAGAUGACUAUGCAAAGUUCAUGGAGGAGAUGGGGGAUAUAUUAUAG